CGUUCCCCACGUCCGUUGUCCCGCUCCGCCGCCAUCGUGGAUGUGGCAGUAGCAGCUCCGGGAGGAGAUGCCCCACUCCUGCUCUGCCUGGGGCUGCACCAGCCGGCUUACGGCAAGCACCCGCUCCGCGGGCAUCAGCUUCCACAGGUUUCCCAAAGCCCCGGAGCUGAGGCGGCGCUGGGAGAAAGCCGCCCUGAGGGGCGGGUUCCGGGCCACCCCGUCCUCCAUGCUCUGCAGCCAGCACUUCACCCCCGAGGACUUCGACAGGACGGGCCAGACGGUUCGGCUCCGGGAGGGGACGGUCCCCUCGGUGUUCACGUCCGCGUCUGAGCGGGACCGGGAAGUUGGCAAGCCUAGUGGUGACCCGCCGAGACGAGGACGCUCACGCUCAGCUGCCAAGCCCCGCCUUCUCAAGGUGAAGAAAUCCCUCUCAGAUCCCGGGCUUCAGCCCAAGAAGGCCCCCCAGGCCCCAAAGGAGGUCCGGGAGGCCCCUGAGACCCGGAAGACCCAGGAAACCCCGUCCCUGGACCGCCUCCACCUCGUCCCCGCGGCAGCGCCCGAAGCUGACCACGCCUACGCUCUGCCCUGCUCCAACGAUGUCCUGAGGGCCAGACUCCGGGAGGCCCUGGCCCGGGUGGAGACGCUGGAGAGGGAGAGGAGGAAUGCCAGGGACAGAGAGAGGAGGGCAAAGCUGACGGUGAGGGGUCUGCUGGAGGACCUGAGGGGGAAGAAGCUGCUGAACGACGAGCUGCAGCAGCAGCUCCACACUUACUCAGAUCUCCCCGUGCACCUCCUGACCAAACGGAGCCAGGAAUACACGGAGCACCAGAGAGACUUCGCCAAGACUCUGCACCUACACGGGCGAAAGGCCUACAAAUAUCUGAGAGAGACUCUCAACCUCAACAUCCCACAUCCUCAUACGCUGCAGAGGUGGAUGAGCUCUGUGGAGUCCGAGUCCAAGCCCGGGCAGAACAGCCCGGCACCGGGGUCGCCACGGAAACGGAGACGGAAGGGGGACCCCGACUCUUAAGGCUGAAUUAUGAUUCUGCGUUAAAUCAAUGCAGAGCCUGCGCCGUAGGGUACGCGGCUACGCGGGAGUCUCUCCGUAGCGUGCGUGCGUUCAUAAGUUUGUAAAUCUUCAUCAAUGUCAAAAUAAAACCAGUUUCUCAGAAUCAGUUGUAUUCCUGCU